UCAACCUCCUUAGCAGAACUAUUGAGGCCACUUGAGUGUUAUGGAUCGGAAGAAGCCUUAUAUGGUUCUGAUCUUCAUACAAUUAAUAUAUACUGGGAUGUAUGUGAUCUCCAAGGCUGCAUUUGACAAUGGUCUGAACUCAUAUGUGUUCGUCUUCUACCGACAAGUGGCCGCCUCCAUGCUGCUGGUGCCGCUUGCCAUUAUUUUUGAGAGGAAAAGUGCUCCACCGCUAUCAUUCCUUGUAUUGCUCAAGAUCUUCAUGCAUGCAUUGGUGGGGAUUACACUGAGUUUGAACAUAUAUAACAUCGGGCUGAUAUACACGUCGGCGACGGUGGCCUCUGCAACAACAAACUCGGUACCGGUGAUCACCUUCUUCUUAGCCGUUCUACUCCGAAUGGAAAGAGUCAACCUGAAGAGCCUCACAGGAGUAGCUAAGGCCUCAGGUGUAGCACUUUGCUUGGCUGGAGUCAUGACCAUCGCCUUCUACACAGGUCCUCAUCUAAAUCCCUUGACCCAUUAUCACCCCUUCGGCCACAAAACAAGCUCCACCAGCAUUGGUCAUGCCCAUUCAAAGCAGAACUGGAUAAAAGGAUCCUUCAUCAUGGUCGCUUCCAACAUACUUUGGUCUCUUUGGCUUGUUCUCCAGGGAAUUGUAUUAAAAGAGUACCCUUCGAAGCUUCUUCUCACAACUCUCCAAUGCUCGUUUAGCUCAGUUCAGUCUUUCAUUGUUGCCAUGGUAUUUGAGAGAGACACCUCGAGAUGGAAGCUAAGAUUAGAUACAGGGCUGCUUGCUGUCUUAUAUUGUGGAUUUAUUGUUACUGGUGUUUCCUUCUACUUGCAAACUUGGUGCAUUGAGAAGGAGGGCCCCGUUUUCCUAGCCAUGUCCACCCCACUGGCCCUUAUUUUCACCAUAAUUUGUUCAUCAUGUUUCUUAGGCGAGCUGAUUCAUUUGGGAAGUGUUCUAGGUGGAGUUUUGAUGGUAGCAGGCCUCUAUAGUGUUCUCUGGGGAAAGAGCAAGGAGAAUGUGGUAUGUGAGCCAGUGAAUGAAGAUGGAAAGGAUAGCGUUGAAGAGAGAGGAGCCACAUCACCGUUUCACCGAGUCUGAACUUAUUUUAUAUGCCAAUACCAGGACUCCUAAGUCCAUAUAUGCUUGCAAUCUAUUAUGUUUUGUAAUUUUAUAUCAUGUAAGCUCUUUUAUGACUUGUGGUGCUACUUCAGUGGUAUGGUAAUUUAGAAAAAAAAAUAGCUAUUGAUAUUUUUUAAAGCCAUAUAUCAAUAUCGAACCUACUAUAUUACCUCAUUCAAUGCUUGUAACAUCAUGUAGUUAGCAGCAUCAUGAA